GACUGGGCAAGAGGAGUGGAUGCAGAUGCUGCCCCUCUGGACACGGAGGGCGGAGAGGUCAUUGGCGAGGCAGAUCCGGGACAGGGCACACGAUUGGGAGGACUGCCAAGCCCAGUUGAGACAGGCAUUUCGACGACUGGAGCCCGAGAGGCCGGAGCCCAAGGUGGAGAGACGACAAAGGAGUAAGAGGCCGCGCGGCCAAGAGGCGAGAGGGACCACUACGACCAGAGGAGGCCAAAAGGCCUUGGCACAGCGAGAGGGGCCAGCAGAGGCCGCCCAAGCGGUGGGGCCAGUUCAGGCCGUGGGGCCAGCUCAGGCGGCGGAGCUACCCCCUACCUAUGGGCUCGAGCAGGUGGAGUUUCGCCGAAUCACGGGCAGUGAUCUACGGGGCCCGUCACCAACGUUACCAGAGGGGGGAGGGGCGGUGCCGUUGAGGACGCCGCUCGACAGGUUGGAGGCUCAUCUCGAUGCGUCCCAGUGGGGGGCGUCACAGCUGGGAGCGGACCAGAGCGGACCGGCACGGUAUGAGCCAGUGGAGGAUGAGUCAGAGGAGGAGCCACCUGAGCCGGGGCCUGAGGCGGGGUCUCGCGAACUCGAGGAGCCGCAGACUGAGGGGGUUAUCACUGUUGGGGAUGAUACCCCUCCUCCCACCCCGAUUCCAGAACAGGCACGGCAGUAUUGGCCUGAAGGAAUUCCUCAGUCGGACACCGAGGAGAUGUUGGGGCCCCCACCGGAAGCUACUACGCCACCCCCGACGCAGGCGGAGCCAGAGGGGGGCGAGAGGGUGAGGACUCCUACAACUGUGGCGCCGCAACUAACUAAGUUUACAGGUGCACGCAUGGAUGUGGAGGUGCCGAUAUCCGGGGAGCCUCCGCUAGGGCCGCCACCCGCAGAGGAGGGGACAAGUGAGGGAGAUCCAUUGCAAGAGGGUCACGAGGCGAGGACAGGGAGGCCACCGGGGGAGACGAAAGAAGAGAAGCGCGCGAGGGUGCUGGUACACCUCGAAGAGCUAUACCAGGAAAAGCUUAGGAUGGAGGCCGCAGGAGAAGCGCCAAAGCCGCCAAUUGACCCUCCGACGAGCGAGCAGAGGAUUAGUGAGGCUUGGGCCAGCUAUGAGAGCGAGAGGGAUGCGGCUCGCCUGAGGUCGCGAGAGGUAGGACAGGGGAGUGCAAGAUUGGACGAGGCACGAGAGACAGAAGACAUGGGAUUUUCAGCCGCCAGGAUGGAGAUGGAGCGUACAGACAGGAGGAUAGGUGAGGUGGCAAUCUCGUCCUUCCAGCGGUACUCCAUGCUCAGCGAUGAGUUGGCGGCCUCGAGGUUAGAGGUGGGACAGUUGUCCUCCCAGUUGGCGGAAGAGAGGGCAGAAAACCAGGCAUGGAGGACCUGCAUGGAAGCCAAGGAGGCGGAGUGGGAGAAGAGGCUUCAGGACAUAACGGCGAUAAUAGAAAGGCUCUCGGCCACUAAGGUGGUCGACUGGACGGAGCAGAGUCGAUAUGGUAUCCAGGGGAAGAAGAUACAGGGGCUCUUUGGCCAGAAAGGAACGACGGAGACGCCACAGCAAGAGGGAAUGGGGAAGGUAUUCCUGGACCCAGCAGAGGCGGCAGCGAGGCGGGAGGCCAAGGAGAGGAGGUUCAACUUCAGGACUCCCGCGGAUUUGGCCUCGCAGCAGGCCACCCCUAUAACGAUUGAGAUCCCUGAGGGCGAGCCGGCGCAGGGACCCCAACCUCCUGUGGAGGAAGGGGGCCCCACAGAGGAGUCCCCUACGAUCCUUUUGGAGGUGCAGGGGAGUGUCCUUACGGGAGUAGCAGCAUCCACUGAGCCGGAGGCAAUGGGGGGAGAGGCGUCUUGACUGGAUGAGUUAGUGGCAGCUAUGGAGUUGGACAUGCCGUCAGGAGAGCAUCAGAGACAGAAGACCCCAGAGCGUGUGCCAGAGAU